GAGGCAGUGGGUGGUGCAUUUCAGGAGUGCUGGCAGUGGGUCACCUCCAGUGGUGCAGAUUUUUAUUUAUUUUUUUUUAAACACAAGUACGGGACGCAGGCUUUCAUUCAUGGCAAGUGAACAUGCAUAGUUAAGGGUUGUGACUGUGUUAAAAAAUAGUGUUUUGUACAAUUAGAGAAUUUGCUCUAUCAAAUAGUGUUAUUGCACUCUUUGUAUCUGAAUUUGCAUGGAGAAAAAUAGGAGGCAUUACUUUUGGAGCAUCCAACUAUAGUUUUGAUAACAUUUUGCAUUAUAUUCUACAAUAAGCUAACUGCUUCAGCUACUAGUUUUCCAGCAUAAUUUUUACAUUAAUUUCAGCAUUUCAAGAUCCUUUUAUUUCCAGGGACUAUUUAGAGAAAUCUUCAGACUGAAAGGGCAGAAGACUGAUGUAGAACAAAUCACUAAACGCUAGCAAGUUGUUAGGACUGGAUGCCCUAGAAUUCACAAGGAAUUAAAAAAUGAAUUGUCAAAUCAUUAACUGUGAUGUGCAGAAUGCCAUUUAAAUCAAUUGCAGAAUUACUAAGUUGGAAAGCAGCAAGAGUGGUGUGAAUUUACAAAAACACAAGGAAUGUGGGAAUUUGAAGUACAGAAGUCUGAUCUCUGCCCAAGGAAAUCGUAUAGUAAAGCACAAAAACUACUCAAAUACAAUAAAGCAGGAGAGAAACUAUGACAGUUGUUCAACUUCUCUCUCUAAACAUUUUUAAGGAGGUGGCAUGAAGGUGAGGAGAGGAGAUGCUCUUAAUGCCUUUCCAUUUCUACAAACCUUCCAAUAAGGUCUCUCUCAUUGAAGCUACCUUUGGAUGUGAGAGGUAAUCUGGUGAAGCCCAACAGGUAGAAAGAAGAUCACUUUCACAAUAGAAACAGAUAAUUAUUUGAAGAAAAUUCCACAACUAUAUGGAAUGAAAUAGAAGUUCAUAAAAAUGUAUUAAAUACACUGAUAUAAGUAGUAAGUAUGUUUUUAAAGCCCAAGGUUGCCAGUAACAAACGGAGUUCUUGCAUUGUUUUAAUGUCUGCUGCUGACCACUACCAGAGAAAUAUAUAUAGCUAGUUGAACUGCAAGAGCUAUGAUUAUUAUAACAAAAUAUUUUGAAGUGCCAGAUUUAAGUUCUCCCUCCCUCCUCCUGCCUGAAACCGCGCCAGUUAUUAUAUAUAAAUUCAUUUUUUCAGAUACAAUCUCUGUAAGCUCAUGCCUGCAUGAGAACUAUGCGUUGUCUGAGAAGUGGAACCAGAACUUUGUCCCCAUGCCGUUGAGUGAAAUGAGUUAUUUAAGGAGCACAUCCAGGAGAUGAGUUUAUAGUCAUCCGUAGUCACUGAAAUUAACUCUCUCUCUAUAUAUAUAUUUAAUACUGGCUCAGCAGUUUUCCAUCCCGUUCUGUUUAGAAACCCUGAGUCAUCAUCUGGACUACCUUGAACUCUGCGGAGAUGACGCCGAAGCUGAAGAACAGAUCAUUACAAGUUUAAAUGGGAUUCUCCAGGCUCUUACUGAAGAUAGCUAAGUAUCACUCCUGAUCACUUUAACUGUUUACUCAAUAUGAAUGCAUCCAUAAGAGCUUUUUGUCUGUUGUGAUAAUCUGUAUCACAAACAAUUACCACUGGAACUAUAGAUCUCCCCAAUAUGUUUUGUUGUUUUCCUUCCUCUCAGUCUAUUCUCAGAACUACCUGUGACCCAAUAAAGUCACUAAAACACUUUAAGCUGCAAAGAAAUUCCAAAUUUAGUGUUCUACUUAAUACAAAACAAGCUCUCCUAGGAUUAAAAUUGCAGUGAUCCUAUCAGAAUAUAUGCUUAAUAGAAACUGAUGACUGUGAAACAUUUAGCUCAGAUACAGGUACAGAACACACUGACCUCCAGAACACAUUUCAAGGAGUAUAUAGCAAUUACUAUGAUUUUUUUAAUAGAUUUGGAAGAAAAAUAUUAAAUUGCUCCAAUCACUUCAAUUACUUAAUCUCUGAAUUAGAGCAGGCAUCUUAGAAAAGAAAAUCCAUAAUUUAUGUAAUACAAAAAAGCUGUGACAGACUUAAAAUGCAGUGAAUUUGUUACUGAACAUACAUCAGUUUAUAGCUAGUUAUACUGCACAGUAAUCAUUAUGUUGAAGACCAAAAAAUGACUUCUGGAAGUAAUUUUCAUUUGAACAAGCACAAAGGAUGAUGUUCCUGCAACAUUAUGCAGAAGACUUAUUCAAAUAUACAAAAAAAUCCCAUAAAUUAGAGUAAAACAGAUUUGAUUCUAUUUGAUCACCAUACUAAUAACACCAGUCUCAUUUUUUCUACACCUGUUUACUCCUUUUUCAGACUUCUAGGGAAAGAAAGGCUCCAGAAAAUCAGAAGUAAAAAACACUGUAGAUAAAAUAGGCAGGAGAGAAAUUACUUUUGAUUUCUUUUUUCCAGCAAAGACGACAGAGGAAACUUUGUCUGUGCUUUCAUUCUGACUGAAGAAUCCAUUCAUAAUCAGCUUACUAAGAAUCCAAAUACGAAAAACCAGCGGUAUAACAACUUUUUACACUUUUCUGAUCUCAUCACGCCUUCCAUUCUGACACAACAUCAGCUCACUAAUGCUGUUGCACAGAACAGAACAAAAAGAUGUGACAAACCUGCUCAGCCCAAAAACCUCUUCGGUAUUUCAGACAUCUUAUUUGCAGAGGCAAACUCAGCAUUUGAGAGGAUAGGAAUUGGAACAGCCAAGGGGAUAAUUACUUGUUAAUUGAAAUCCAUUUAUUACAUCCUUCACUGAAGAAAGUUGCUUUACCCGUCAGCAUUCACAUGGCAGCAGUGCUCCCUUCUUCCGAGCACAGGGACUUCACCAGUCGCCGUACAGCAACACACUUCACAUAGCACACAUCAACACCUCUCAGCUCACAGAAGGCAAGUUAUAAAAAUCUGAAGAAUAAAUAUAGCAAUAGCGUCUCUAAACAUUUCAGAGGUAUCUCAGAUGACGAGAUUUGAAUUUUCACAGGCUUUCACAAAUUAUCACGGUCUUUCCUCAUUAACCAGACUUCCUAAAUCAUUUUAUUUGUGCCCAGAUUAAAAGGUCUUCAGUGAUAUCCACAGGCUGCUCUGUACUAUUGAGGAUUUAUUCCUCUAAGCAAGACGUGUAAACUAUUUGUAUAUUAGUAAAAGACCACAUCUGUAGUUAUGACAAAUGCUUGCAGUAUUAUUCAGCAUAUUUUUUAUGCAAACAGGCAUCCCUGCAGAUAUGCUCAGCAUUCCAGGCCAAGAAAAGAACAGCAUCCAAAUUCAACAAACAAACAGAUUACAAAUGCUGAGAAAAUCUUCAUGUACCAAAUAGCAUUUGAUUUACUAACAAAUAAAGUAGAUAAGAUACCACGGCUAUAACAUAGCUUGACAGUUACAGUCAUGCCAACUUUCACACACUAAGUCAGACAUCAACCUCCUUUUCUGUAUUUGUAUGAAUUCCUAAAAAGACUUAGCUCUGCUAAGAAAGUUUAUUAACUUUUUACUAAAUAAUUAUUAAGGAAUUAUGCUGUCAUGACCUUUCCAUAUUAUACUACUCCUUUAUGUAACCAUUUAAGAAGAAAACAUGUCUAAAAAACCUCACUCAAGCACCCUUUAUUUUUUAUAAACAGAAAAAUCGAUAGGUGCAUUAUUCAAUGGUCUCCCAGGGAUGGCUGGUUGAAAGCAAAUUAAUUGACUGACUUACAUCUCAAAACUACAUCAGUGUGUCUGGGUUGCACAAUAGUCACAUUGUAUGUGUAGCAGUCAAAGCAAAAUAAUGAGAUGUACAGAAAUGGCUGGCACUGCAGUUUUAUACAACUAAUUACUGUUUCCUGUAGACUUUCUACAAUAAUAUAACUUCUCCCAUAUCUAAAGAGAUGAAAGUCUGUUUGACCUAGGAAAUAAAUAUCUGCUUUGAAAGAGAAGCAGAUUAGAUGGGGUCCUUUGGUAGGUUGCCACCUACAGUAUCUGAAAGAUUCUAAUUCCUAUAUCAAGAAAGUUCAUCAGUCAUCUCAUUCAUCAGACAGUAAAUUGUCUGGCGCGCCCAGAUACUGACAACAGGGGAAAAAAAAUCGAUUUAAUUUUUAUUGCCUAGGGUCUGGGCUAAGACCUCCACCAUUUAGAAAGGAAUUUAAAAAGUAGUUCUUAUUCUCCUUAUGAGAAAAUCUUUCUUUAAGGACUGCAUAUUUUCCAGAGAUGACAAACUUGCAUUUAUUUGAAUACCCUGGUGAGUGGUGAUUAACUGCUUUAAGGACAAUUAGCCAUGAUUUUGAUGCCAAAAGUCUAAGGGAACUGAGUGCUCUAAUUGCUGGUCUAAUAAAAGAUAUUGUGCAUACCUACAAAAUUAAUGGCUAGGCCAUGCAUCAGGAAUAGUAUCUUAAUCCACGACUUCCCAUGUCUUACGCAAGCAUCUUCUUAGAGAAGAUGAAAAUGUUUUCCUCUGCUUUGCCACCCGUACUUCAAUUCAGCACGAAGUAGAAUAAUCAGCUGGAUAUACACUUGCUGCAAUUUAAGCAGAUGAGUUUUCCCACAUAUUUAGACUGGGACAGACUAAGUACCUUGCUAAAUCAAAACCCUGGAUCCCAAAGAUAUCCUCUCAUAACUCUACAAAACCAAGCAACAUGUAAAUAGUUGCAAAUCUAUAGCGAGUAUUGUUAACACUCUUAUCAUUACAGAGCAGAGAACCUUCAGCCUGAUCAAAGAAAGUGGGAUCUUCCUAACUUUGGCAAAAAUCCUGAAAAGCAAUCCACGAUGUGCAGUAAAAGCAGCCCAGGUGCUUUCAGAGAUAGCUAAGAAUGGUAUGUUGUAUUUUAGCAUAUACAAUGUUACUACAAGGCAUAUUACAGCAUGUUACCUAUGCUUUUUCACUGUUUUGUUUAAUGGUUACCAGUUAUUGGUCUUGCAAUUGCAAUUGUUUUAUUGGCAAAAACCACAGUCCCUCUCCUUUAACAAUGCAGAUGAAAUGAAGAAACCGUGUAUUGAAGCAGAUUUGGUUCUGACCUUGAUACCUUUUCUGGAAAGCACAGACCAAGAAAUGCUGCUUCAUGCUGGGAGGGCUAUUGGUCGUAUCUGUUAUGAUAAUCGCGACCUUCAGGAAGAGCUGGUGAAGUUAGGAGUCAUCCCAUCACUAGUCCGAAUAUUGACUGAUCAUGCAGAGAGUGAACCACUUGUCCAUGUUGACCUACUGGCCUUACGCAGUCUUGCAGACCUUGAUACCGCUAAGGAAGCCCUAAGCAAGACAAAGGUUGCUGAACAGCUGGUGAAACAGCUGAGAAGAACAGAGAAUCAUGAGAGGUUAGAAAUCAUCUUUGAGGUCCUUCAAGCACUUGCAGAAAAUGAUGCUCUGAAAGUUCAGCUGGUGGAAGCAGGUGUGCAAGAGGUCCUGUCUGACAUCCUGCUGAGGCUCCAGGGCAGUUCACAAGCUGAAGAUACAUGCAUCGUGAAGGCCACAUCAGAUCUCAUUGUCUCUCUGCUUCUUGGAGAUGGCAACUGUGUACGAAUGGUACAGGUGGGAGUCAUACAUCAGCUUCUGGAUCUUUUGGAGAAACAUGUGGAGAGUGAAGACAUCUCUGUUCAACAUGCUGCACUCAGUGCACUUCGAAACCUUGCUAUCCCAGUUGUCAACAAGGUUCAAAUGCUGGAGAAAGGUGUGGCAGAACGGAUUCAGGCGCUCCUACGGUCAGAGAUGCCUCCUGUGCAGUUUAAACUUCUUGAAACAUUACGAAUGUUAGCAGAUGGCCAAGCUGAUGCAGCUGAAAUCUUGGGCCAAGACCCCAUGCUGCUCAACCGACUGGUGCAGUGGUGCGAUGUCAAUGACCACACCGACGUUUCUGGAGAAGCAAAUCGGCUCCUAGCAUCAAUCUUGCGUCACAACAGAUCCCAAGAAGUGGUCAAAGCAGUGCAGGAGGCACAAGGAGUGAAGCACCUAGUUUCCAUGACAAGGAGUGAACACGCUGCCAUGCAGAACGAGGCUCUGAACGCCCUGGCAAUAGCAUCUGCUAUUGAUUUAGAAACCCUUGAAGAAUCUUUUAAGGAAUUGCAGCUAGUACAAAGCUUACACAAACUUCUACAAGAUGAUAACACAAGUGCUGAGGUGAAAUAUAAUUCAAUGGAUCUUUUGUGCAGUCUUCUUAAUUCAGGCGAUCUGAGACAAGAAAUAGAAGAAAACAAGAUUAAAGAAACACUUGAACAGCUCUGCAGUCACAGCAACGCAGAUGUGGUCAAGGAAGCUCUCAUAACACUGCAGAUUUUGAAAGGAGAGUCAUCCUACUAGCCCCCU